UCGACUACAAUUACGACUACAGCCACAACAGCGACGAUCGUACGCAGUCACAGUCAGCCCAGCGUCGAAAACAAUCCCGCACGCCCGGUCCGAGCAAAAACGAAAAUAGGCAAAGCCAAAGCAAACGCCAAGCCCAAACCAAGUGAACUCUGCCCUCUCGCCAUUCCGCCACACCGAUCAACAUGCAACUGCAACGCCUGAUUCUCGCCCUGGGAUGUGCUCUCAUACUGCUGCUCGGCCAGUACAGCCAAACGACAGAGGCACGUCGCCUUAUCUUCUACAGUCCCCGCAGCAAGACGCUAACCGGCCAGCUGCUCAUCUCCAGUCGGGUCAAGCGACCCUGUCCGGCGGGUAAAAUGCGCGAUCAUCGCGAUCGCUGUCGGCGCGCCGUGAUCUUUGCGCGAAACAAGUGAGCGUCGGCUGGGGCAGAGAAGAGUCGUCUUCUUCGGGUUACUUUUUUUUUUAUUCGCUAGGCACUUACGAUUUAAUUUAUUAUAAUUGUACUGUAGUAAUUAUACUAUGUUUGUUUUUAGUAUUUAUUGAAUAUUCUAAUUUAUGCACAUCCACGCAAUAGUAUUAACAGUGUAAGCAGUGUAAUGCAUGUAACGAACAUGUAGACAAAUAAACGACACCUAUACCUCAUAAAGAUAUGGACUUUUCCGGGCUAUAUCCGACUGUACAACUACUCUAUACAAGAUUGUGAACAGUGAUAUUAGUGACUCGAUCAGGGUUCAGAGACUACAAGUGUUUGCCAAUGUUAGGGCUCGGAGAUCAUGUAAUCUAAUCAAACUAAUGACGCCACAUCCCUCUCAUCUGAAAGCCGAAGUCUAUAUAUGUGUAUACCAAAUAAUGAUCAUUCCGUCUCAUCUUUCUUAGAUCAAGAUUCUAAAUGUAAAUCCAUUAAGAUCAUACAAAAUCGAUCUCUGUAAAUUGAACAAGAUUCACUG